CUGGCAGACAAAGGGAGCAGAGAAGCGGCGUGGAGCUUUUCCUGCAGCAGCAUCGACACGCACACACACACACACACACGCGCACGCUGUCUGACACACUCCCUGGCACACCCCCCCCUGCACAUACACGCUCUCUUCACUGGUGCAAGCAGCCACGCAGACCUUGUGGACCUGUUCCUCCCUCGCCACUCAUCUGUCACAAGCAUCACCACUCGGUCACCAUGGAGCUAGAUUUUGGGCAUUUUGACGAGCGAGACAAGACGGCUCGCACUCCGCGGGGCGGCCGCAUGAACGGACUCCCCAGCCCAACCCACAGCGCCCACUGCAGCUUCUACCGCACACGCACCCUGCAAGCCCUGUCCAAUGAGAAGAAGGCCAAAAAGGUGCGCUUCUAUCGUAACGGCGACCGCUACUUCAAGGGCAUCGUGUACGCUGUGGCCAACGACCGAUUUCGCACCUUCGAUUCUCUGCUGGCCGACCUGACUCGCUCGCUGUCCGACCACAUCAACCUGCCCCAGGGUGUCCGCUUUAUCUUCACCAUUGAUGGCGCCAGCAGGGUCUCGGCCCUUGAUGAACUUGAGGAGGGGGAGAGCUACGUUUGCGCUUCAGAGAACCUCUUCAAGAAGGUCGACUACACAAAGAACGUCAACCCCAACUGGUCGGUGAAUGUGAAGGCCUCGGCCAGCCAGAAGAACAUUCAGUCGCUGGCCGCAAAAGCCGCCAGCGAGCCCCGAGAGAGCAAGGACUUUGUUCGACCCAAACUGGUGACAGUGAUGCGCAGCGGUGUCAAACCACGCAAGGCCGUGCGCGUCCUGCUCAAUAAGAAGACGGCGCACUCCUUCGAGCAGGUGCUCACCGACAUCACGGAGGCCAUUAAGCUGGAAAGCGGCGUGGUAAAAAGGAUCUAUACGCUGGACGGGAAGCAGGUGACUUGCCUUCAAGAUUUCUUUGGAGAUGACGAUGUCUUCAUUGCAUGUGGCCCUGAAAAAUUCCGCUAUGCACAAGACGACUUCUCUCUGGAUGAAAACGAGUGCCGAGUCAUGAAGAGUCACAAAGUCCUCCGUGGUUCAGUCAAGAGUCCUCUAUCCUUCCAGCGCUGCAAGUCUCCUGCAGAAUCAACCAAUGGGACAGGCUCCAGCAGCCAGAUGUCCACCCCCAUCUCCAAACACUCCCCCAUCUCCACUCCCACCAGUCCGGGGCUCAACAACAAACAAAAGGACCUUUACCUGCCCUUAUCUCUGGAUGACGACGAUUCCAUCGGGGAGUCCAUGUAGACUCUUAUCCUGCAGCAUGAAACCGUUUUUUUUUUUUUUUUAAAUGAAGACCUGUGCGCAUCCCGUAAGAGCGUCACCUUAUGGUCAAAGCAAUGCACUGAUGCCAUUUGCUGGUUGUUUGUCGUUUUUCGAAAGUCAAUUUAUCACCAAAAUCAUCACACAAUGGCACAAGUGUUCAAUAGAUGAUAAAAAAGUCAGUCUUGCUGUUGGGUGUUGGGUGCACUCUUUACACUAACUACACAAUUGCAAGCAGCAAAUGGGUGAUUCUAGCAGACAAAAAUCUGGCUCAACGUUUGUACGACUUUACAUUCGUCAUGUUUUUUUUUUCUCCAGAGGAAUCCUUCCUAACUUAGCUGUAAAUACUGUGUAUAGUUCUCACAUUCUUCGCUUUUUCCGGUUGCCAUUGUUGUGCUUCCAUAACGUCAUCAUAACAAUCUUUCCAGCUGAUUCCUCUGACUCCAUACAUACAGUAGCAGGCUAUACAUGGUAGUUACAUCAUAUACCCUCAAUGUUUUACAUAAAGCAGUGCAUGAGACCUCAUUUUAGGGCUUUAGGUGCAUUUAAAAAAAAAAGAAGCUGAUUUGAAGGACCUAAUGGUGCAUAAGACUGACCAAAGUUCAACUCUUAAUUAGGCCAAUCAGUACACAGCAGUGUUUUUGUCACAUUUUUACAAUUUAACACAUCACAGAUGAAUAAAUAAGAAUAAAUAAUAAAUUAAGGUUGCGAUGCGUUGCCAGAUUUAUUGAAAAAGGACUUGACUUGCCUGGCUUUUAAUAUUGUAUAAAGUUUUGUUUUUUUUUUGUAAGGGGUCUUUAUUUUUUAUAUACUUUUUUCAAUGCUCCCUGUGCAGCUCUUAUUAAAAAUAUUACAGUGGGAAUGUUUUUUUUUUAUUUUAUAUAUAUUCUAUAGUUUUCUCAGGUUUUACAGGCAACAAGCCUGAGCCUGUUUAAUUGGAUGAAACUGAAGCACAAGUGGCUGCAGGCACUUUGAAUGUCAGCACGUAUACUGCAGUUACAAUGAGUGACCACAAGUCGUGCUGCUUGUGUGGCAUCUUUUCUUUUCAAUGGCGCAUCUAUGCAUUUAGAUGGAAGGAUAGCGAAGAAAUGUCCUUGCAAUUUGUCAUGAAAAGUGUGUGUCCUUAAUGGCUGCGUCGCCAUUUCUCAACGGCUCGUGUUGUCAUUGCAACGUUUGUCCAACAGAGGCCGCUGUCGCACAAGUCUCCGUUUUCUGCAAGAGUUUCUGUAUAGUCCCACACAGUUGGUUUCCCUGCCGCUUUGUUUCUUCAGCAUAUACAACAAAAACGCGUCUUGUGUGAACUGGCCACCACCAUAUUAGAUGGCUACAGUGGUGCCUUUUUUGACUACUAUUUUUGUUUUAAAAAUAAGAAAUAAGGUAUGCGCUUUUUUAACCACUUUGUAACGUGUUUUCUUAAACAAACCCUCCAAACACGCUUUGUUUUGUAGAGACACUUGAUCACAGUGUAAAUACCCUUCUUCCUGCCCCCUUUUUAUAUUCCACCUAUGCCUUUUCCACCCCUUGAAUAACUUCUUUUCUCCUUUGGGGAUAUACAAUAUUUUAUUAGUGGAAUUUUGCUAUGUCACAGUGGCUUGUUUCAGUGCUCCAUUCAAUGUAUUAACUGGUAUCUUUUUUGCAAUUAAA